AGAGAGAGAGAGAGACGCGCGCGCGCGCAGAGCAAGGAAGCAGUGGAGACAAACGCACGACAAUGGUUGGGAUGACUCCUCAUUCGUGCGCUUAAAUGUCAACUCCAGCUAGGACAAGGUCACCUUGCGUGGCAUCGCACGAGUGGAGCAGUGGAGCAGCUCAAGUAGAGUUUGGACUACACCUGCUCGUCAAAUCUACGCUCAUGGAUUUUUUUCUCUCCCGACCAGUGAGUCGUUCCUCGCUUCUUGGAUAGCCACCCCCCUCCAAAAAAAGGAGUUUUUUUUAAGCGAGGAAGAAGACGAAGAUAUUCUUUUUUGUUUUUUGGGAAGUGGGAGAGGCGGAGAAGCUGAGGACUUUGGCUCGGAGUCUGCACUGGAUUGAUGGCGUCUGCACCGUCCUCCUCCUCAGAUGGCGAUCCGGAUCCCAACGCGACAAAUUUACGGCCACCGGGCUCAAGCUAUGACGCCUGGUGUGGAGUUGCUCAUGGGUGUACAAGAAAACUGGGAAUGAAGAUUUGUGGUUUCCUGCAGAAGAAUAACAACGUGGAGGACAGGAGCAGGUUCGUGGGCUCGUUCAAGGAGCGCGCGGCCAGGAGUCUCAUGCUCACGUGCGACAACGGCGGCGGGGGCGCGCGCUUCACACGCACGGAGAUGGACUUCUCCAACCUGUUUGCUAAAGUGUUGUUACCUGCCAAAAAUGGAGAGGAGCCCACAAUGCAGUUCUUGCUGGAGGUGGUGGAAAUCCUCACCACCUACAUCCGCAAAACCUUCGACAGAUCCACCAAGGUCCUGGACUUCCACCACCCGCACCAGCUGUUGGAGGGGAUAGAGGGCUUCAACUUGGAGCUCUCGGACCAGCCCGAGUCCCUGGAGCAGAUCCUGGUGGACUGUCGGGACACUCUAAAGUAUGGCGUGAGGACAGGUCAUCCCAGAUUCUUCAAUCAACUCUCCACUGGGUUGGAUAUUGUCGGCUUGGCAGGAGAGUGGCUCACUUCGACGGCCAACACCAACAUGUUCACCUAUGAAAUCGCGCCCGUAUUCGUACUGAUGGAGCAGCUAACAUUGAAAAAAAUGCGAGAAUUCAUCGGCUGGCCCGAGGGGGAGGGGGAUGGGAUCUUUUCUCCAGGAGGAGCCAUCUCCAACAUGUACGGCGUGAUGAUUGCGCGCUAUAAGUUCUUCCCUGAGGUGAAAAGUAAAGGCAUGGCAGCUGCACCUCCACUGGUCCUCUUCACCUCUGAGCAUAGCCAUUACUCAAUCAAAAAGGCCAGCGCGGCUUUGGGAUUUGGAACGGACAACUUGAUUCUGCUCAGGACGGAUGAGAGAGGAAGAGUCAUUCCGGCUGAUUUGGAAGCCAAAGUAAUUGAAACCAAGCAAAAGGGCUUUGUCCCCAUGUACGUGAACGCCACGGCCGGCACCACGGUCUACGGAGCCUUCGAUCCCAUCAGUGAAAUUGCUGACAUCUGUGAAAAAUACAACAUGUGGCUUCAUGUGGACGGUGCAUGGGGAGGAGGUUUGCUGAUGUCGAGGAAACACAGACACAAGCUGAACGGAGUCCACAGAGCCAACUCGGUAACCUGGAACCCUCACAAGAUGAUGGGCGUGCCUCUGCAGUGUUCCGCCAUAUUGGUCAGGGAAAAGGGUUUAUUACAAGGCUGCAACUCCAUGUGUGCUGGCUACCUCUUCCAGCCAGACAAGCAGUACGACAUAGCGUACGACACGGGAGACAAGGCCAUUCAGUGCGGUCGCCAUGUUGACAUCUUCAAGUUCUGGCUCAUGUGGAAGGCAAAGGGCACGGUGGGAUUCGAACAACAUAUUGACAGAUGUCUGGAGCUGUCAUCAUACCUUUACUACAAAAUCAAAGACAGAGAAGGCUUUGAGAUGGUUUUUAACACUGAGCCGCAGCACACCAACGUAUGCUUCUGGUACCUUCCGCUGAGUCUCCGCGGAAUGCCUGCUGGGAAAGAGAGACAAGAGAGGUUGCACAAGGUGGCCCCAAAAAUCAAGGCCAUGAUGAUGGAGUCCGGCAGCACGAUGGUGGGCUACCAGCCUCAAGGAGAGAAAGUCAACUUCUUCCGCAUGGUCAUCUCCAACGCCGCUGCUACGAGGUCAGAUAUUGACUUCCUGGUGGAGGAAAUCGAAAGACUCGGGCAGGAUUUGUAAGAGCCCCGCGUGCGUUGCGAAAUGUCAUACACACUGGAGGACAUAUCAUUAGGUACGCCUGCACAAUAUAAGAGCUGUGUCCGUUCUCAUGACUCGGUGUAGCUAAUGUUGUGGCCUUCGAUAGACAAGUUUGGAGCAUUUGCUCUUAUCUACUGACGAGUGACCAUACACCAAUAAUGUCAUGUACUCUAUGCAGAAUAGUUUAGAAGACUGGAUGAACG